AUGGCAUUUUGGGAUAUGAUAUUUAAUCUAUUCGAAACAAUUGUACGGAACUGGUUGACUGGCUUUUUGCAUCGGCAUUGCAGAAAACAGAGAGAUAAAUUUGAUUCUCAGAGUGAUUUAUGGGGAAAAAGAGGAGAAAUCGGUAGCUAUACAGCACUAUCAAUCGCAGCAGCUUUGAUUAUAAAAAUUAUCGUAAAUUUUCGUCGACAUUUAUUCAAAUUCUUUCGAAGUUUCUGCCUUGAAAAAUUGCAUUUGUAUGUGCCGAUUGUAAUCAGUGUCUACGAUCUGUUUCCAGUGAAAGCGCAAACAUCACGCUAUUGUGACUAUCCAAAGCGUCUGAAAUCCAGUGAUCUCUGGGGAGAACCAUAA